ACUAGCUGUACAUACUUCUUUGUAUUUAAUUCAAAUGGCAAAUAUUGUGAACAAAUAAUAUGAGAGCUAGAUUGUUUCUGAGUGAGAAAUCAGCAAGCUGUACAAACAGGCAGUCUUAUCAUUGUUCAUAUUUUUCUGUUUGACGUGCAGCCGAACACUGGAACAGCUGAUGCAAGAACAUCUUGGAACCUCACGCCUGCUAUGAAACUACCAUGGAGAAUUCAACUAAAAUACUGUUUGUUCUACAAGGACUGAAUGAGACGAUGUCAAGCAAACACACAUACUUUUUCCUCACUCUUCCUGUUUACCUUUUCACUGUUUUAGUGAACCUGACUUUGAUUGCAACAAUUAUUUUGGAGAAAACAUUCCAUGAGCCCAUGCUUAUAUUUCUGUGUAACUUGUGUGUAAAUGGCCUAUUUGGAACCUCUGCAUUUUAUCCAAAAAUAUUGGUGGACCUUUUAUCUGAAUUGAGUGUUAUUUCAUAUGAAGCUUGCCUGGCCCAAAUAUUUGUAAUAUACAGCUAUAUAUUCUGCGAGUUCAAUACGCUAGCAGUGAUGGCUUAUGACAGGUAUGUCGCGAUAUGCAAGCCGCUCAAUUACCACUCCAUCAUCACACCUCGGAAGGUUGUGAAAUUGCUGAUUUUUAGCUGGCUUUUAUCCAUCAGUGAAUCUGCUAUUGGGGUGGUCCUGAUAGCCAGAUUAACUCUUUGUAGUUUCAAAAUUGAAAAGCUUUAUUGCACAGUUUGGGCAGUGGUAAAGCUGUCAUGUAUGGACACCACAAUCAACAACGUAUUCGGGUUCUUUCUCAUGUUUUUUCACUUUUUACAGGUAGUGCUGAUCUUAAUUUCUUAUAUUAAUAUCAUAAAAGUCUCCGUGCGAUCGAAAAAAGAUCGGAGCAAGUUCAUGCAGAGCUGCUUGCCUCAUUUAAUCGCAUUGACCUGCUUCUCGGUCGCAUUUCUUUUUGACCUCUUGUACGCUCGCUUUGGUCCCACCAGCCGUCUGCACACUCUCCGCAAUUUCAUGUCCCUGGAGUACCUUCUUGUUCCACCGCUCCUAAAUCCCCUAAUCUAUGGCCUGAGACUGAACCAGGUCCGCCGGAGGAUCUUUAGAAUUUGCAGCCGGAAAAUACAUACUCUGAAAUAAAUAUUGUGUGUUCUUUGCUGUACAGUUUGGAAAAUUUUGUUUUUUUUAGAAUCCGUAUUUUACAUUUGGAGUAGUUAUAUCGGCGUUUGAAUUGCGUAAAAAAUCCUAUUCCUUAAAAACGCCGUAUAUCAUAAAUGUAGACUGCAUAUCGCACGCAUGUAUUUUUACUUAUGGAAUUAGGUUUUAGUUAGUGAAAGAACAAGGGACACAUGGUCGACGACGCUGAACCGAACGAAAAGACGUAGAUCCCGAAUUGUGUGCAUUAGGCCUACCUCCAGCACAGCUGCCCAGCACGUGCAGCUGUCAACCGCAGACCACAAGCAAUCGUCCUAAAAGCUUUUGAACCACUACCAUGGCCCAAGCAGUGCGAUUUGAGGAAGGGUUUUCCAUAAAAAUCCAUCCGUACGCAUCGCUUAAAGAAAAUGUGCGUGGAUGUUUCUCUCCCCUACUAUGGCAUUGUAAGUUACGUAAUAUGUGCAUUUUCAUAUUUUGUAAAAUUUCCACAGCUUGAAUGAAGCACACUUUGAAAUAUGUAUGACUGUCAAUGUGAUAUAUAGCCUAUGACGCAACUAACACAGCUUAUAUUACACGGCAACUAAUAUAUUACAUUUUAUUUUACCGUCCGUUCAUACUGAUGGAUAUUCAUUGCGGUAGUAGGGCUGCAGGUUAAGUAGCUUUCGCAGAGAUAUAGUGACAUUGCCCUGCCUGAGAAUCUGCUACUUCGAAGCCCAAUAAUUUGCGAUUAUACCAUUAUCCUGCAGUGUCACUCCGGCUGCUGAGAACUUCUGUUCAUUAGUUCAGCGGUUAACUGAAAAUUGCUCCACAUCAUUAAAAAUGAAGUAACAAUUCACCCUGAUUGAUAACCACAUUUUUCAAUGGUUAUGUACUCCAUGGACCUUAAUAAAAUUUAUUCAUAUUUUUAGAAUGUGCCAACUUUUCAUUUGCAAUUCUCAUUUCUCCUUCUUUGCCGGACUCAUUACAAAACAACUUGUUUCGGAAAAAGAAGGCCUUGUAUGGACAAUGACAUUAUUGCAAAGUAAAUUAAUAAUAAUAAAUGAAAUAAUAUAUAAAAACGCAUUGAAAUAUUUACCCAUAAUCCUUUAAAAAAUAUGACAGAUACUUUAAUUUAAUUCAAUUAAUGAUACAGGAAAAAUAAUUGAACUCACGCAUAUUUGUUUCUUUGAGCUGAAAUAUAUGUGUGUUUGCGUGUAUGUGUAUUUCUGCAUGUCUCACUCUAGAUUUAAUUACCUUAUGGUUUACACAUUUAUAUGUAUUAUUUUUAUUAUUAUCAGUUACUCAUACCAAACAUGGUACCAAAACAAAUUAUAUCUUAACAACAUGUUUUAAAUGUACAAUAAUUAAAA